AUGAGCACCAAACUCAUCCUCUUCUUCCUAUGCUCAGCUGCUCUCGCCGCCAAAAAGAUAGCCGGAGGCUCCGAAGUCAACAUCUCCAACUUCCCCUACCAAGUCAGUAUCUUCGUUGAUGACGCCUUCUCCGGCAGCGGCAGCAUCAUCGACGGAACCCACAUCCUCACAGCAAACCACAUCCUCGCCGGCGUCCCAGCCAAUGUAUCAGCCAUCCGCGCCGGGUCGUCCACCUGGGCCUCAGGCGGAAUCCUAAUCAACGCCUCAACCAUCACAACGCACCCCUCCUUCGGCAAACCAACCAUAACAGAGAACGACGUGGCAAUCAUAACUCUCUCGGAAAGUCUCCCUUUGGGCCCAGAAAUCCAGCCCAUCCCACUCCCCAUCUCGGCGUCCGAGUUGGAGUCCGCUCCGCUCGCGACCGGUCUUGAGGUCUUGGUCUCCGGCUGGGGCGCUAUCAAGGAGGGCGGGCUUCCCAUGUUGACGCUGCGGGCUGUGAAUAUCACUGUUUCGGACCACACUGAGUGUGCGGCUACGUAUGAUAGUCCUGCCUACAAGGUCACGGACAGCAUGUUCUGCGCGGGCGUUGCGGGUGGUGGGAAGGCUGCGUGCCAGUUUGAUAGUGGGGGCCCUGCGGUUGCCGAUGGGGUGCUGGUUGGGAUUGUCUCGUGGGGAAAUGGUUGCGCCAGGGCAGGGUAUCCUGGGGUCUAUACCAAUGUGGCUUCUUUUAGGGGGUGGAUCACGCAGGUGACGGGCAUUUAG